CCCCGCCUCUGCACCUUAAGUCUCUCCUCCUCUUAUAUAUAGCUCGCUCCUCCAAUCCCUUUCACUCAACUCUCGCUCUCUUUCUCUAUCUCCCGUUCAGAAAAGAGAGAAAAGUAGAGAAUCGCGAGAUGGCACGAGUAAAAGAGUACACGCCCGCCAUUGCCAUGGUGGCCGUGCAAGCAGGCUACGCCGGGCUCAAUAUUCUGUCAAAGCUCGCUCUCGAAUCCGGCAUGAGCCCAUUCGUACUGAUUGCUUACCGUCAGAUCAUCGCCACCAUCGCCCUCGCUCCCGUCACCUUCUUUCUCGAAAGGAAUGCUAGGAUCAGAAUUACGGGACAAAUUCUACUUGAAAUUUUUAUCUGCUCAUUUUUCGGGGCUACGAUGAACCAACUGUUGUACUUCAUUGGUCUCAAACACACAAGCUCAACCAUUGCAUGCGCACUCACCAACAUCCUUCCCGCCAUGACAUUUAUCAUGGCCAUUCCCUUCAGGAUUGAGACGGCAAAUAUAAAGAGCAAAUCUGGACGGGCAAAGAUAAUUGGAACUGUCUUCUGUGUUGGCGGAUCAAUGCUAAUGACAUUCUAUGAAGGAGCACAUAUUAAUUUACCACCUUCCAAGUUUCAUUGGCGAUAUGCGGAGAAAAUUAUGGAGAGAAGCAGAGAAGCCUCAGGAUUAGCUGGUGGUGGAUCGUCAGGCAAAGAGAUUUUGGGAGCGGUGUUGGUGGUUGGGAGCUGCGCAGCAUGGGCGGCUUGGUUCAUUGUGCAAGCACAUCUGAGCAGGUCAUUUUCUGCACCUUAUACAACUUCUGUACUAAUGUGUGCUAUGGCUAGCAUUGAAUGUUUUCUAGUUGGUGCUGUUGCUGAGAGGAAGUUCAAAAAUUGGACUUUGGGCAGUGAUAUUCGCUUGGCUUCCGUUCUAUACAUUGGAUUGGUGGGUUCUGGAUUUGCUGUGUCGCUGAUGACAUGGGCCAUAGAGAAGCGGGGUCCACUUUAUGUAUCUAUGUUCAGUCCAAUACUUCUUAUUGUUGUUGCCAUAUUGGACUGGGCUAUCCUCAACGAGAAGCUUUAUGUAGGCAGUGCUUUAGGUUCGGUAAUUAUAGUCAUUGGGCUCUACUUAGUUCUUUGGGGAAAAGCAAAAGAGCUCAAAAAUGAAGCUUCACAUCAGGGAGUCAUUGAAUCUGAGGAGGCCAGCAAGGUUGAGCAAGUGAGGCUGUCUGGCUAUUCUUCUAGUCCCAAUGCAAAUAUGGAGAUGAAGGAAGUUCAAACUAAAGAAGUUUGAGGGGUUAUUUGCAAAUUAAAAUAAUUAGUUGCUGCAAAGAAAGAUUAUAUCAUGAGACCAUGAAUUUUACUUCAGCCAGUGAGAAUGAUUCUUUUACUUAACUUGUUAGGAUAAAAUAUUUAGGUACAUAUGUUUGACAAUUAGAGGUUAUGUGCACUGUUAAGGUUUUAUUUAUGUGUGGAUUGGCUAAUAUUAAUAUAAUUUUGAUAAAAUAAUGUAUAAGGUGCAAUGAAUACAUGUGU